AAGAGUGUCCCUUUUCUCUGAAUAGUUAACAGUGGUUAAUGUUUGCCCCACUAUAAUGCUCAGUAUGAUUGUGUCUAUUUUGGGUGAACAUCUAUCAUUAUAAUUUCAUGUGAUGACAAAUGGAGUGCUCUGAACGUGUUUGCCCUACGAGUUCUUGAUUAGCAGUGAGUGAUAUUAGGUUGUACGUGGUAAUCAUAUUCGUAGCUACAUGUGCGACGCCACUGAUUCGCAACGCCCCUCGACAUUUCAUGAUAUUUGUUAUAACCGCGGGUUGGAUUGGAUCAAGCAGGAUUGCAUGCCUUUAUCACAGAGAAAACGUAUCCCGGAAUAUUUCGCUCGGAGCAGUGUGUAAAUCUCAUCUGAGCUGCUUUUUUUCUUCAGAGGUGCAACUUCUAUAAUGUAAGCCGCAUAGUAUGUUAUUAUGCGGUGACUAGCUUGGAAUAUAUGUGAUCAUAUUAAACUCAUGGACCCGAAUUAUACUGUAAACCUCGGCCAGUCUAAGUUCUUUUGUACUAUAUAGGUCGAUUUUAACAAAAGCGAUUUUAUCCGAGGUCUCGUUUGCCUUUUCGGUAUUAUUAUAGUCACUGCUAAUAUUCUUUACACGUAGCGGUCCAUUGCGUGUAAAGCCUAUGGGGGAUUUCACCUGCCCAUAAGAAUAAUGACCAGUGGCUUAUUUCACGAGGCCAAUUUCUUUUGUCAAAAACAAGUUGAGAUCCGGGGCGUCGGGUUUGAUUAAAUCAGAAGAAUCCGGUCUCCUGAACACAAAAUCACAUUAAUGGUACAAACGUCAGCGAUGCUGUACAAUUGAUAUACCCUGUUUUCAAUUCGAACCAUUAGUACAGUGUCUGUUUAGAUGGCCAGAGCAAAAGAGAAGAGGAUCUUUCUGAUUGGAUGAAAUUGAUUCGCCGUCGCCACUUCUACCGUGAUAAACGUCUUCGAGGUUUGCUCCCAUCAAGAACGCGACUCUUGUCGAUGUAUUUCAUUUUCAUGAUGUGAUGUUUGCUCGGUGGUUAUAUGUCUUCUUCUUCCUUGGCUUUGUAAACUGUUUUCUUUGUGAACCGAGUUGAUCUGAAUUGAAUAGAACUGAAUAGUCAUUGGAAUAGAUAACGACAGCGUAUAGCGUAUACGAGACCUAUAUUCGUACGAAAGGCAAUCUAGAAUCUUCAGACUAGUUUACAUAGUCGUUUACUAGAUUUUUAAGAAUAUUAUUUUAUUUUGGAGUGUUUAAUACCAAGGCUUUUAAAACUUUCGACAACUUACCGAUCUCUUCUACUUCGGAUGAGCGAGUCCUAGUUAAAAUUCAACCAGGAGUAUUUUGGAGGCUGUCGAUCCAUACACCCCCAAGCUCGAGCUUAUAUACAGGGCCUGUCAUACUGUGGAGGAACAUUAUGUCGCAUUGUAUUUCUUGAUCAAAUAUCCCAAUUGCAGGCCCUAGUAUUCUGUACAGAACAGUUAUAUUCAUCGCGAACAAAAUUCAAGCUACGUUUUGAGAGAAGAAGUUUAAUUUUCCAAUUUAUUUUACUCGUCCAUCUGCACAUAAUCUAACAUCAUGCAGACUAAAUUGUGGAUAUCAUCGUUCAGCUGUGUCCUUGGUUUAUGUCUCUUUCUUCAAAGUAAUGGCAUUUGUUCAGGUGCCAGGAUUAUCAUUUCCUUGACGAAUGCCAUGAGCACGAAGAGUCAUAGCUUCAGUCUCGCAACAAUCUCUCAGGGUCUGGUAAACCAGGGUCACCAUAUAACGGUUCUAUCAAGUUCGAACAAAGGCACCUAUGGAUUCAAAGAGUCUGCCUUUAAUGAUACCUUGAUCUACAAGAUUCCCUACACCAUAGACGAUACGGAUUCUCUACAGGAUAAAUUCACCAGGGUGUCCUUCAAGAAAAGAUCCGUUCUGGACUACGCUGAGGUGCUUCCUGUUGCGGGAGAGUACUUCAGCGUCAUCUCCACCGGUUGCAGGAGUCUCUUUGAUGAUCCGUCGCAUCUGCAACGUCUCAAGGACCAAUCCUAUGAUGCAAUUGUCGGUAUUCCCUUCUGCCCUUGCGAUGCUCUCUUGGCAGAAUACCUGAACAUCAGCUUCAUCGCGUUCACGGCCACGUUCCGUUACGAAGCCUUCAAUGAAUUCACCCUUGGGAUACCGGCCCCAAAUUCCUACGUCCCUUUCCCUCUCAUGGAAGCCUUAACGGAUGAGAUGACUUUCUUUCAGCGCACCUACAACGCUUUUUAUCGCUUCGUCUUUGUCAAGUAUGUCCUCUAUGUCUGGUCCAAACCCUUCGUAGCGAUUCAGAAGGAACACGGCAUCUCCACACAUUUGUCCAUUGAUCGUAUCUCUAGCAAGGCCAAGCUUUGGUUGGCGCAUACCAAUUUCGCGCUGGAUUUCCCGCGGCCAACAGCCCCUGCCUGGAUACCAGUAGGUGGCCUCCUAGCAAAACAAGCAUCACCACUGCCACAGGACUUGGAGAACUUUGUCCAAGGUGCUGGAAAACAUGGAGUCAUCAUCUUCAGUUUGGGCUCCAUGGUGACGUCACUGAUGGAUGAUGAACUCAACGAACUUUUUGCCAAGGUUUUCAGCGAGCUUCCACAACGGGUUCUUUGGCGAUAUGUUGGACCGAAGCCUCGUAACCUUGGAGACAACACACGUGUCAUGGAAUGGUUGCCGCAAAAUGAUCUAUUAGGUCAUCCGCAGACACGACUCCUGAUCUACCACGGCGGUAUCAACGGAGUCUACGAGGCUCUCUACCACAAGGUCCCCAUGGUCCUGCUACCAAUCUUCGCUGACCAGCCUGCAAUGGGGGCUCGUGUCACCAAGAAAGGCAUGGGCGUGGUCUUGGACAGGGCCAAGUUGACCCACGAGACUAUCAAGAAUGCCAUAGAAGAAGUCAUCAACAAUCCUAAGUAUAAAACCAACGUCGAACACUACGGCUCUAUCCACCAUGACACCAUCGCUAGCCCGCUAGACACCGCAGUCUUCUGGAUCGAGCACGUGCUCAAAUUCGGAGGCGACCAUCUACGAUUACGAGGUCGCGAUCUAAAUUUCUUCGUCCUAAAUUCAUUCGAUGUUCUAGCCUUCUUCAUCGUAAUAUGCCUCGUCAUCCUAUACGUCAAUUACCUCAUACUUCGAACUUGCUAUCGGUGCUGUUGUGGAAGGGGAACUAGGAAACCAAAGUCAGAUUAAAAUUAUUUGUGUAACCAGUGGACCCCACUCCCAAGAAUAUAUUCGUCUUAAAUGUUGAUUUAUUUUUAAAAAAUUACUGAACACGGUUCAGUAUUAAAAAGAAAUUUAAUUAAUCAAUAUUUUGGCAGAAUAUGGAACAUGAGAUUGUAAAUAUUUAAUUCGAUGUUGACAUGGGUUGAGUUAUAAUAGUAGGGAAGAAUUUAGGUGCAGUGUAUCUGUAAAGUCUCCACGUCCUCGUAAAUUAUUGAUAUUGGUUGAUCAAUUGAAACAAAAUAUCAGGUGCAAUGGUAAUUUUCACGGAUAGUGUAGUCAUAUUUUUAUACAUGUGCCUUUAUUAACUUUUCCAUACAAAAUAUAACAGGAGCACAUGUUGCAUUCAUUGGAUUUACAUUCAAUGAACUUGAUGAUUUUUUUUUAAAAUACAAAUGUUCAUAAAAGUAAAAUUAUGAUUGCUGAAUUAUAUAUAAUGUCAAUGUUAUGAACAUCUCGUGAAGUAAUUCUUCUUUGAAUUCACCAACAGAGGUUCAAAGUACCUCCUCUUUUUAAAUGAAUUUCAACGUGGAUUUCUGGCAAGUUUGUAUUUUCUUCUCAGUGACCCUACUACAAGAAAAGCAAAUAGAAACAUUGGGACCACUUCAAAUAUUCAGGAACAAUCAUUUAAAGAAAUAUUACCAUUUCCUUGAAGUGUCAAACCAUAAUGCAUGUACAGCUAGAAACCUCUCAGAACGAUUAAUCCUUGAAAUAACUGCAAUCAUGACAAUAAUACUGAAGAAAGUUAUGUCCUUUUUAUGAGCUUUCUGUUCUUCCAAACGUCCUUCAAACAAUUCAAAUUUUGGAAUAUAUAAAAAAUUAUUUAAAUCAUUUGUAAUUGUUUGCAAUUAUCCGCAUUCGAAAGAGCAUUCAUUAGGUAAAUCUUAUCAGACAUAAACCAUGAACAAUUUAAUUCCUUUGCCAUUAUUUGUGCAAUGCGAAUCCAUGUAUUUGAGUGAAGUACUGUAUAUAACAAGACGUUUCUGUGUAGAUGCUUUGCAUUUUGAAAUACCACGUAGUUCCCAUAAAUGCACUGAUUAAAACUCCAUUUUAAUUGCCAAGUACAAUUUAAAAUCAUGUAAGAUUCAGCAAUAGUUUUUACAACUUUUUGUACAUUUUAUCGGAAGCAUAAUGACUAUACGUCGAGAAUCGUUACUGCUUUCUUGAUGUCAUUAAAGACCUUUUUUUUAAAUACAGACAAAAUGAAAGUACAAGGUGAAGUAAUAAUGAUGUUUUUAUAUUUCAGUUUCAAUCUAUCAUUUUAUGAACGCAAUUACUGUGCAGUGUUAUAAGUAAAUUAUUUUAAAUACACAACAUUAUUGAACAUAUUUUGUUUGAAUAUAUAUAAAAUCUUAUUUUGCCCCCCAAAUAUUCAAUUACAUUUAGACUAAGAGAAAAUGGAAAGCUGAAAAUUGGGGUUUCAAAUUAAAUGUGAUUGACUCCUGUGGUUUUCUUACAUUUUUUCGCUUUUCUUCACAAAUGUGCAUGAAUAAUUUCUUAUAAUUGUAAAAAUGAAUAAAUUCAUAUGAAAAUAUAGUA